AUGGAAAAUUACUAUUUAAAAAAAAAAAAAAAAAUUAAAUAUAAAGAAUUAUUUAUAACAACUUUUUUAACUCAUGGGGGAUCAAAUAUCAUUUCGAAACUUCUCGUUUCUCCCUUGGAGCGAAUUGUAAUCAUUAGACAAACACAGCCUUUUUUUUUUAGAAACAUUUUGCUUCAUUCUUCUUUUACAUACACAAAUAUAAUAAGAAGUAUAUAUGUCAACCAAGGCUUUACAUCCCUUUGGUGGGGAUACCACGCAAGCAUAUGGAACUUUUUGUCAUUCAGUUUUUUCAGAAUACUUUUUCAUGAUAAAAUAAAGUACAAUCUAGCAAUAGAAAACAAUAAAAAUAAUUAUGUAAUGACAUUUUCCUUACUAUACACCUCAAGUUGUUUUGCAACUCUGAUUUCAUAUCCAUUAGAUACUAUUCAUAAUUGCAUGGCUUUAAAUCAUGAAGAGAUUAAGAAUAAAAAGAUUACCAACAGGAGCAUUUUUUUGUUCAUAUAUGAUUUAAUACUAAAAAAAAAAAUUAAGCAACUGUACGCUGGAUAUAGCUUUUGUCUGGUAAACUUCAUUCCCUAUUUACUCAUAUCUAUAAAGUUGAAUGAAAUUUUUACAAAAUACUUUAUUGAAUUCAAUUAUUAUUCAAAAAAUGACGAUUCAAAAAAGGAUGAAGAGCAAAAUUCAUAUAACAAUAUGCAUGAAGAAUAUCAAAAAUUGUUUAAAAAAACUCCAAACGUUUUUUCUUAUAUUUUCUUGGGUGUGCUGACAGGAUACAUAUCACAAAUGAUCACAUACCCCCUAGAGACAAUACGAAGAAAAUAUCAGUAUCAUGUGAUAUAUGAAAAAAAUUUUCCCCAAAUAUUAAUGUAUCAUAAAAACUGGAAUAAUAAAAAGCCACAAAAUUUUAUUACAAAAUUUUCUAAUAUGUAUAGAGGUUUUUCCUUGCACACUUUUAAAUUAAUUCCAGAAUAUUUAAUAUUCAGUUGUUUUUUUUACUAUGUUAAGAAUAAUAUACCUAUAUGA